AUGUUUAUCUCGCUUUUUAUUAAACAACACGGUCUUGCUGGUCUUCGACUGUUUAGGAACCUUGCAUUCCGACAGAUAACGUGUAAAGAGCCUCGCCAGAAUGUUGAUGAGUACUGGCGGAAUGUUCUUCAGGUGUUCUGGUCUUAUUCUGUCGGGACCGGGUGCCGACAUGACAGCAUGUCGUAUUUCGGAAGGAAGAACCUCUGGAAUGAAAUGUCCGUCUACCGUCUGAUGGUGAAGAGGCAAGUGGACAUGGCUCUCGAAGAGAUCAGAGUAGAAGUCGCAGAUGAUUUCACAAUCCGCCUUCUCGAUGCAAUGGUGGUUCCUUUCGAGUUCCGUGACGAACGUGAGUCGUUGAACACCUUCACGACUGCACGAAGAAGGCUGAGAGUUUUCGGACGUGAGUUCUUGGUUCCCUGCGAGUCGUGCUGCUCGGCGCUAGCGUAUCAGCUCAAGAGUUUCAAGAGACAGGCGCCUCUUGGUGGUUUUAAAACUCUCACCAACAUCUCUACUGCCGCAUGUUCCUAA